UAAGUUUUAAACGCUCAAAACGACAUCCUUUAUUCUUAGAAAAAACCCUUCUUUUUUGAACUGCUCACCGCCUCGGCUGGCGUCCGCCACAGCCCAAGACUCCCAUUCCGGCCAGUCAUUUGCUGUGCCCUGCUCCACAGUUUUUUGCCCUCCAUUGCAAGUCGGCAAUCUCUCUGCCUCUCUCUCAGACUCGGCACUGGGGAGUCCGGCAAGUUUUGUAAAUUUCUCUACUGUGCUAAGAAAGUAAUAACUGAUGUAAAGAUAACCAUAGAUGCUGCUUAGACGCAUGUACUAUAUCUUACCUUCCCUAUCCAAACCCUCAUUACUCUUCUCUCCUCAUUCCAAAACCUUGGCUCAUAUUCCCCUAAAGCUUGGCAAUGCUGAAGCCUGGCAGGCAAUUCAAUCCUCCUUGAACAGACCGAACCAUUUCUCUACGGUUUCACCUCUUAUCCACGAAGAAGAUACAAUAACCCCUACCAGAAAGAUGACUAAAAAGGCUCGUCGUGAAGCUCCUGAAAAUGUUCUUCAGUUUAAACUACACCGUUGCUCUAAAAUUGGUGACUUGAAAGAAGCUCUGCGCCUUUAUCACGAAGCCAAGUUGAAUGGAGUUGUAUUAAAUGUACACCAUUAUAAUUCUUUGCUCUAUUUGUGUUCGGUUUGGAGUUCUAAAGAUGAUGCAGAAUCCAAAGAGUUCGGCAUUCAGGAGGGGGUUGAUAUUUUUAGGAUAAUGGGGUUGAAGAACAUUCUUCCAAACGAGGGUACGUUCACUAAUGUUGCAAGGUUAGCUGCAGCUAAGGAAGACCCUGUUUUGGCUUUUGAUUUGGUAAAACAAAUGAAGGAUUCUUGUAUUCCUCCUAAGCUGAGGUCGUAUGGACCAGCCUUGUUUGGCUUUUGCAAGAAAGGAAUGCCAGAUGAGGCUUAUGAAGUCGAUUGCCAUAUGCUAGAAUCAGGGUUAGUCCCAGAAGAGGAAGAGCUUUCUGCUCUAUUAAAGGUGAGUUGUCAGUCACAUCGCGUUGAGAAAGUAUAUGAAUUGAUGCAUAGGUUAAGGGCGUCUGUUAGGCAAGUGUCAGAAAACACUGCUAUCAUUGUGGAAGAUUGGUUUAGGUCAGAAACUGCUGCAGGGGUUGGGAUAGAGAAGUGGAAUGUGGAGAACGUGAAAAAAGGUGUGUUGAAGGGUGGGGGUGGGUGGCACGGGCAAGGUUGGUUGGGUAAGGGAGAAUGGGAAGUUGUGAGAACAGAAAUGGGUGAGAGAGGUGUGUGCCAUUCAUGUAGAGAAAAGCUUGUAAGCAUUGAUAUCGAUUUGAUCGAGACUGAGAAUUUCGCUAAUUCAUUGGCAAAGUUGGCUUCUGAAAGGGAGGCCAAAAAUUCAUUUUAUCACUUUCAGGAGUGGCUUAGGAGGAAUGGUCCAUUUGAUGCAGUGGUAGAUGGUGCAAAUGUUGGCCUCACUAAUAACCGAGACUUCAGUUUUUUACAGCUCAAAUCUGUUGUCAAUGAGUUACAUAAAAGGAGCAAAUCAAAGAAGCUGCCACUUGUUAUAUUGCAUACAAGUCGUGUAACGGGAGGACCUGCUGUGCAUCCUAGGAACAAGAAGUUAUUGGAAAGCUGGAGAAGUGCUGGUGCUCUUUAUGCCACUCCGCAGGGUUCAUGUGAUGAUUGGUAUUGGUUAUAUGCUGCGGUGAGUUGCAAGUGUUUGCUGGUCUCUAAUGAUGAGAUGAGGGAUCACAUAUUCCAGCUGUUGGGGAAUGGCUUUGUCCCCAGAUGGAAGGAAAAACACCAGAUCCGGAUGACUGCAUCUAGGGAACAGGGACUUAAGCUACACAUGCCUCCUCCGUAUUCAAUUGUUAUUCAAGAGUCGGAGCAGGGAAAUUGGCAUGUACCAACUGUAACAGGUGAUGACCUUGAAACGCCCCGCCAGUGGCUAUGCGCUACCCGGAAGAGGAGAAAGGCACUGCAUAAUCUCUUUUAAUGCUUGACUUGUGGCGACCAUCCGUACGCCGGCGACAUGCUACCUACCACCAUCCUUGAAGUGGGGAUCUGCCGCCAUCCUCAUGUGGCCACCCACCAAGGGCCUCAUCUUAAGCAGUAGGCUACAGCUAGUAGCCUAGACCAUGCGGCAGUGGCCAGUGGGGUAGAAUCCCAUCCAUUUAUCUCUUCCGUUAUUCAUUUUAACUUGGGGGUAUUUUUGUAUUUUAACAAUAUAUUACAUCAAAAAUCAUUUUUUU